AUGUCAACUUCAACAGACCUCUUUACUCUAAGCAAAGCGUUCUUAAAAGCCGGUUAUGCAGCCACCAGUACAGUCGAAAAUGCUAUGCAGGUCAUGGAUAUUGUCGAUGUCAGGAACGAAGAUGCUAUUGCAAGAGUACUCGCCGUGAUGGUCCGGACGCAUUCAGACCUUGAACCCAGUGCUGAUGGACAACGAACUUGGCAAGUAGACAACUUUGUAGAAGCGAUCAGGCAACAGGAUCCAUCGAUCAACUGGACAACGGUGCUUUGCAAAUUGGAUCAUCCUGAAUUUACAUUGUAUAAUCUUACGGGAUUGAAGAUGAUUGUGGAUACGUGGAAUGCUAGUCAAAAGCAUAAUCCAACACCAGAAGAGUUUCCGCUUCAAGUAUUCUUUUUGCAAUGGCAAAACGUUCGUGGCCAACUCAGUGUUUUAUAUCAAAUGUUAUGCAGCCCUCCCGAUUUAUUUGAUCUCGCCAAUCAUCCUGGUAUUACGAGCGUCAUUCGACCUGUUCAUAUCAUGGCCUUGAAUACAGCGAUGCGACCUGCAGCCAUGCAACUUGCCGCAUUCCAACUCAACUGCUUGGAAAUGAUCAGCGCUAUCAUCAGCUUAGCGGAUACUUCGGUUGGAGAUGAUGUACGCUUUCUUAUGGAACGCCUCACAGUACAAUAUCCAGAAUUGUUGUUACUUGGAUUGGCACAAUUGCAGCCUAUCAAGAAUGAUCUUCAGCGUACCUUGUUGCUGAAGCUAUUGAACAUCUUCCUCAUUGGUCAUGCUAAUUCGGCACUUGUGAUCACCUUGCUGAUGCGUGUACAACCCAACUUGAUGGUGGAAGGACUUCUUGACAUGUACGCAAAGGACCCCACAACACUUCCACGGAUAUUGGAUGUUGCACAAGAGACAAAGAUUUUGGUACAUAUUCUUCGCGUCGAUGCACCCAUGUUCGUUCUCGACUUGGCUUCUCUUGCUGCAAGAAGACAACAUCUUAAUAUGGAGAAAUGGCUUUCCGAGAGAGUGGCAACAGCAGAUGGCCUUGCUUUUUCGAUCAUGUGCAUUGAUUUCCUUGAGAAAAAGUGCUCGGAGGAAGUGGCAAAGUAUUCAAGACCCAAUGCGAAUGUACCAACAUUGCCUCUUUCUAUCGAUGUAUUGCGUAUCUUUUUCCGAGUAUUGGGUGAAAGACAACUUCCCGCUCAAGAGUCUGAAAAGCUUUGGAAAAUUAUGCAGCUCUAUUCUCAGUUACAUGCUGGUGCCACUGAACAUACAACAAGCCCAUCGAUGGCUAGAGUGAGCACGCCUGGAAUGGCACCCGAUACCAAUGGCCUAGAUCAAAAUCAAUCAGCCGCCGAGAUCGAGCUUAUGGUGAAGCGUUACUUUGUUCGUCUUUAUUCGGGUGAAUUGAGUGCUGAAAAGUUUGUUGCUGUAUUGCACAAUUGCCACGAUUCGCAAGAUCAAAAUCAAUCCGAGUUCUUUUCAUGCACUGUACAUACACUGCUUGAUGAGGUGCGAUUUUUCAACCAGUAUCCUGAUGACGAGCUUCGAGUGACCGGCAAACUUUUUGGUUUAUUGAUUCAUCAUCACUUGAUCACGUACACGCUUUUACGACUUGCAUUGAAACAUAUCUUGGAUGCUGUCAACAGCCCUGUUGGAUCGAAAAUGUUUCAAUUUGGUGUGUUUGCACUUGCUCAAUUCUUGGAUCGAUUGUCUGAAUGGCCACAAUACACCAUGUUACUUUCCAAGAUUCCAGGUCUCAAAGAAUACCCAUCUAUCGUUGAAAGCAUCGAUGCAGCAAUCAAUCGUCUUUCCAAUACCGUGAAUGACAAUGACGAAAGGCUCUUACACACCGCAUCAUCGACACCUCGAGGCGCCAAUGCAUCAUCACCAGCACCAAGUGAUGACGAUAGGGCGAAUGCGACAUCUGCUCAAUUGACAAAGUUACUCGAGGCAUCCAAUUCAUAUGAUAUCCCACCAGAAGAUGUUCAAGAAAAGAUUGCAUUUGCCAUCAACAACCUUACUCUCAGCAAUAUGGACGACAAGCUACAGCAAAUUGAACCAUUAUUGGAUGAGACAAGGUGGAAAUGGUUUAGCCAUUAUUUGAUUGUACGACGAGUGAGCGUUGAAAAGAACAACCAUGACUUGUAUUCAACCCUCUUGACACGAAUCGACAACUCUGGAUUAACGGACGCAAUGAUCGAGGAAACAUACAGAAACAUCCAGAUCCUUUUACAUUCAAAGUCGACUGAUGCAUCACAGCGAGAUCGUGAUACGCUCAAAACACUUGGAUCAUGGUUGGGAAAGAUGACGUUGGUGAAGAACAAACCCAUUCGUCACAAGGACUUAUCAUUCAAGGACUUAUUGCUCGAAUGCUAUGAUCAAAAACGACUCAUUGUGGCAAUCCCUCUUACGUGUCGAGUGCUACAAGAAGCAUGCAAUAGCAAGAUAUUUAAGCCUCCCAACCCUUGGCUGAUGGGUAUUCUCAAGCUACUCGCUGAACUCUACUGGCAAGAAAACUUGAGUUUGAAGCUCAAGUUUGAGAUUGAGAUCUUGUACAAGGCAUUGGAUCUUGAUUUGAAUGAAAUUGAACCCACGUCUUUAUUGGAAAGAAGACAAAGGACUAUGGCAUCAACAUCAGCAGCAGCAGCAGCAGUAACAGCAUCAACCCCACAAUCACAACUACCAGCACAGGCAACCGCAGCAUUGGAUAACAUGUCUCAGUCUCUACAACAACAACAGCAACAAGAUCAACAUUUGAAACGACCCAACCUACCCGACCGCUUCACUGAUAUUGAAGAAGAAGACACCAUGCGAUGGCCUUCAGGCAAUGAGCAUGCGUUUGAUGUCGACGUGUCGGCACUAUUAUCCAAGCUCCAAUUCAGUCAAGCGAUAUUGCAGGCAUUUGACCAAAGUCCAGUGAUGAAAAUGUGCGUUUUUCGUGCCAUGACCGAAGCCAUUCACAAGGUGGUUCCAUCAGCCGUGAUGACAGCGGCGAACAUUGCUAGUGCCUCUACAAGGAAUUUGGUGUUGAAGGAUUUUGCCACCGACGCUGAUGAAAUGAAACUCAAGAGAGCAGCUCACACAAUGUCAUCCACAUUAAGUGCUCGAUUGGCUGUAGCAACAUGCAAAGAGCCUUUGUGUAACACCAUCAUUGAAACGAUCCGUAUGCAAGUUGCACAAGCUAAUUUGCCAGAGACAAUCGGCGAAGAGAUUGGAAGCUCGAUCAUCCUCGACAACAUUGACCUGAUUGAAGCUUUUGUUGAAAAACAAGCGCAGCUACGUUCUAUUAACGACAUUGAACGCAUCAUGGCACCCUCCUAUGCCAGUCGAAGAAUGCACAAAGAGAAUCCACACAGCCCCUAUUUCGAUAUGCUCAGCCUUCAAGGAUCUCCACACAAUAUCCAAUUGCCCGACUUUUUGAAGCCCACUGGCAACGUGUCCUAUGAGCAGAUGCAAUUCUAUGAGACCUUUGAUCAUCUACCUACUCCACCCAUCGAGGCACAGAUGCCACCCAAUAGUAUGCCACCACCAUCAAGUUAUCCAUAUGGUGUUUAUCCUAAUGUCUCGGCUGCACCUGGUCUCCCAGCCCCUGCUGCUCCAGAACAAAUCAAUGACAGCAGUGCUGUAGUAUCCAAGAUUCAGUCUAUGCUAAAUGACCUUGAUCACUAUAUUCGACAACCAUCCAACAACGACAUUGGCAGCUUCAAAGCACUACCCCCACAACAUGAGAUCUACCAAUACAUGCGGCAGUUCCUUGUAUUCAUAAAAUCGAACCCAAUGGCGCCCAAUGCGUUGCAAACGUUUGCCGAGAAGGUCAUGUUGAUGCUCUAUCAGAGUAGCACCGCCUUUGCUUUGGAAACAUACACAGCCUUCUUGCAAGCCAUCUUUGAGCUUUAUCCCGAGUUAGCCAAAGAAGCCGUAUCCUGGUUCCUUUACGCCGAUGAUGAGCGUAAAUACAAUGCGGAUGUUACCUACAUGCUGAUCUCGUACGAGCUUAUUCCCCUCGAAGAACACGACGUACAAUUGUCAAAGUUGAUUCGCGCCAAGGCGGAUGGCAUACUGGAUUAUGCGGUUUCCCUCAUGCGACUUUGUUUGCUUUCCAAGAGCGAUGUAUCCGUUCUCGAGGACCAUGUAUUGACAGUAGCAGCCCUUCAGGAUUUAGUCAAGAGCGCUGAAGCACCUGAAUCUGUGAUGGCAUUCAUCAAUGAGAUCGAAGACGAAUACAAGGCAAUGCUAUCUCAUACAGUGACUGUGGAAGGAAGUUAUCUUGAGAUGCGAAUGCUUUUGGCUCAAUGGACACGUUUAUGCAUUCAUCCCAUGUGCAAGGACAGCCUCUUGAAUAAGCUAGCAACAAAGAUUAUCAAGGAUGUUUGCAAAUCGGAUGACCAACAGCAUAUCUUUUUACGAAUGUGCAUCCAAACAGCUGUUCAACAAUAUUUGUCUUUUUCAUCGCCAACCUCUCCCAACCAAUAUCGCAUCAAAGAUUCCACUGAUUCGGUCGCACGACUUUUCGCAUUUAUGACCAUUGCUCGAGAACCAGACAAUAGCAAGGAUGACAACCGAAGCAAGUUCCUGUAUGAUGCAUUGUCCGUCAUUGUCCUCAUGCUUGCCAGCCAUCACCAAGCACAGGAGAACAAUUUUGAUCAGCGACCCUUUUUACGCUUGCUCUUGUCUACAUUUAUCGAAGUUAGCAAGGCUACUGUUGAUAUCAAUGCCAUUGUGCCCUUUAGUGAGGUAUUGUACACGAUCCGCCCAUCCUUACUUCCAGGCUUUGCAUUUUCGUGGUUGCAGAUCAUAUCCCAUCGCGUGAUUUUAUCGGAGCUACUUGCAGGACACGAUGCUGAAAGAUGGAAGCUAUGUGAAAAGUUGAUUGUUGCUCUUUUGGAGUUCCUGGGUGAGCUUAUUCAGCAAGGUGGACUCGCAUUGCAAUCAUCACAGAUCUUUUACAGGGGCACUUUGCGCACCUUGGUGGUCAUCUUGCAUGAUUUCCCAGAGUUCCUUUCACAUCACUACAUGUCCUUGGUAUCCGUGAUCCCACACGAUUGUGUUCAAAUACGCAACUUGGUGCUCAGUGCAUUCCCACCCAGCAUGCGUCUUCCCGAUCCUUCCGUGCCUGAUAUGUCUUUGGAUAAUUUGGCCGAGUUCAAUGAAACACCCGCCAUGUCCCUCAGCUACACAGCAUCUUUGCGAUCUGGUGAUGAUGAUGAUGAUGAUGAUGUCGAUAUCAUGGCCUUGGCAGACGAGUACAUGAGCGAUGAUACGGAGACCGAAACACAACCUUCUUUCUUCACAAAGGCUCUCGAGUACAUACAGCAAUCCACUGAGGGUAAUGAAGAUGAAUCACAUCAGUAUCAUAGCCAUCGACUUGGGGCACUUGUUCUUUAUAUUGGAUCCAAGGGUGCUGCAUUGACUGCAACGAUGGCUUUGGAAAAUAACCCUGCCACUCGCCUUUACAGCUACCUCCUCGAACACAUGACAGCUGAAGGCCGCUACAUUUUACUCAGUGCCAUGACGGAUCAUUUACGAUACCCCAACAGCCACACGUACUUUUUCAGAGCUGUAUUGCUGCUACUCUUUACGCAAAAGGCUGAAUCCAUCAAGGAAAAUAUUACAAGGGUGUUACUGGAAAGACUCAUUGUGAAUCGUCCUCACCCAUGGGGAUUGCUUGCUACCUUUAUCGAAUUGCUCAGUGUCCCUGGAUUUUGGCAACACAAGUUUAUUCAUGCGGCGCCAGAGUUUCAACGCUUAUUUGACAACGUAUCCCGGUAA